CCUCCUCCUCUCCUCUCUUGUGAUAUGGGGAUCCCAUUCCAUCUCUCAGACAGGGGAUUGUCUUAGCACUUGUUUAAAUGCUCGCUGCCUGUGCUGGGAGAGAAAGCAGGAAAGAAGAGGAGAUUUCUAUCCCUCUCGCAGCUGCGCUCGCCCAGAUAAGCAAAGUCACUGGGAGAGAAACCUUUAAAGCGCAGAAGGACCGUGCAGAAUUGAACAGCUCUUAGGAGCGGAAAAAGCCUCCUGCUCCUUCGUGCCCGGCGUUUCCUCCAAAUCGUUCUUUUCUUAUUGCUUGGAUUCUCCACAUUCUGCCUUUAAAAUCUUCCAAGAAAGAAGGGAGCGGAGAAAAAGAAGAAGAAGAAGAGGGGAAGAAGGAACCAGUAGGAUUUGUUAAUUUUUUUUUGGUUAUUUGGGUGUUUUCCUGUCUUCUCCUACCAAAGUGUUCUGGAAUUGGAGUGAUCCGGGACGUGUCGAGGGGAACGGGGCACAGGGGUUGCUCCUUGGUUUCAGAGAACCCCCCCCUCCCCGCCCCCCCCCCUCCCCUAAACCCUGUUUCGCGAAAAACUUGAUUGCCAAUGCCCAUCGAGAUAGUCUGCAAGAUCAAGUUUGCAGACGAGGAUGAGAGCCAGAAGGAAAAAGAGGAAGGAGAAAGGGAAAGCUUGAUCGGGGACGAGGUACCCAACGCCACCCGGGACUUUGCCGGAUUUGCCAGCACCAGUACCCUCCAUGGACUGCGGCACAUCUUCCGGACGGGCAAAGUGGGCGUCAAGCAGAGCCUGUGGGCGCUGGCGUUUUGCGCCUCCUUGCUGUUUUUCCUCUACCAGGCGGCGAAGUGCGCCUUGUACUACCUGGAACACCCGCACGUCACCUCGCUGGACGAGGAGGUGACGGCCGAGAUGAUCUUCCCGGCCGUCACCAUCUGUAACAUCAACCGCUUCCGGCACUCGGCCCUCUCCGACGCCGACAUUUACCACUUGGCCAACCUGACCGGACUCCCCCCGAAAGACCGGGACGGCCACCGGGAAUCGGAUUUAGUGUACCCCGCCGCCAACAUGCUGGAAAUAGUCAACCGCACCGGGCACCAGUUGAGCGAGAUGUUAAAAAGCUGCAACUUCAGUGGGAACAACUGCACCGCGCAGAACUUCUCGGUGGUGUACACCAGAUACGGGAAAUGUUACACCUUCAACGCCGACAAAAAUAACCCAAAAGUCAGCCGACAAGGGGGGAUGGGCAAUGGACUAGAGAUAAUGCUGGACAUCCAACAGGAGGAAUACCUACCUAUCUGGCGGGAGACCAAUGAGACGUCGUUUGAGGCUGGAAUCAGGGUCCAGAUCCACAGCCAGGAUGAGCCCCCCUAUAUCCACCAGCUGGGGUUCGGAGUGUCCCCCGGAUUCCAGACAUUUGUCUCCUGCCAGGAACAAAGGCUGAAAUAUUUGCCCCAGCCAUGGGGUAACUGCAGAGCCAAGGCGCCAGCAGGUGACUUCCUCCCUGGUUACAACACAUACAGCAUCUCAGCCUGCAGACUACAGUGUGAGAAACAGGCAGUGGUGAGGAGCUGCUCCUGCAGAAUGGUCCAUAUGCCAGGGAAUGAAACAAUUUGCUCUCCGUCCAAGUACAUCAGCUGCGCUGACAACACCUUAGACUCCCUGGUUGAAGACAACACUGAUAAAUGCAGUUGCCCCACACCCUGUAACAUGACUCGCUAUGGAAAGGAGAUCUCCAUGGUCCGGAUUCCCAAUAAAGGAUCUGCUCGGUAUCUGGCUAAAAAGUACGACAAGAAUGAAACUUACAUUAGGGACAAUUUCCUCAUUCUAGACAUCUUCUUUGAAGCCCUCAACUAUGGGACGAUAGAACAGAAGAAGGCAUAUGACCUGGCCAGUUUACUCGGAGACAUAGGAGGUCAGAUGGGUCUAUUUAUCGGAGCCAGUAUUCUCACCAUCCUUGAGAUCCUAGAUUACCUGUAUGAGUUAAUACGAGAUAAAGUGAACAAAUUGUUUCGGAGAAAACCAUCUCCCACCAGAAAGCCGCAGGAUAACAUUUCCACGCUUGCCAUGGAUGACCUGAAUGACCAGAGCUCCUCCGAGGUUCCUGGACGACAUCCAGAAGGAGCUUAUGCCACCACGAUGCUCCCCAACCAUCAUCGACACUACACACACCAUGGCGUAUUUGAGGACUUUGCCUGCUAGACACAUAAUGGUGGGGUUAUACCCACCACAACCAACUCUUCUUUUUUUCGACAGAGGCAAAAACGUUAUGUAUGAUUCCUACCCUGCCUCUCAACGACUCUGAAGGAAUCGGGAACUAACCCUAACACCUACAUUCGGAUGAACUGGAAUUUUCAAGUACUUACGUAAUACAACAAGAUCGAGUCUCUGAUGUGGGUGACAUAUAACACCUGCAUAUAUUCAGGACAUGUUUACUCCAGUCGGUGGACUUGAUUCCUCUACAGAGUUGGGUGGGUCAUCAUUAAAUCUAUAGCACUGGUUACAGAUCCAGUCUUCUUUACUUGAGUUCCACUCUUCAUCCAUCUACAUCUCUCGCAGACGAUUGGAUGAAACCAUCAAGGAGUCCAGAGUAACCAUAAAGCAGGUUUAGAUGGCACCAAACAAUGUAUACAAUGUAUGAUUAGGACUAUUAUAUAGAUUUAUGGGUCACAACUGGUGUUAGAGUAUGAUGGUUUGUAGAUAGACUUCUCCAAGCAGCACAGUCACCAAAUCAUCUGGUGUUUAUUAAUAUUUAUACUCAUUUUAUAUAGUGCAAAAUCCAGGCACAAUGACUAAACAGAUGUAACAUACAGAUUGUCUACUCAUAAAGCACACCGACUCUGCUACAUAUUCUUCAACCGAAAGAGAGAUAGGACCCACCUCCUCCUACCUUCAUAGCCCAUCAAACUUAUAGUAAGUUCCUCAGCCUACAAUGUACUAUUUUUUGUAGGACCAUUUAAAGGGGUACUCUGCUGCUCAGCGUUUGGAACAAACUCUUCUGAACGC